GUCACGCAAGACUAUAUAGUGUGCCGAGCCACGCUAUUGUGGAACUCAUAGGGGAGCUUAUCCAGAUCUCAACAUCAGUCGGUGCCGGGCUGCGAUCAUGGCAGCAACAGCAGCAGCAACAUCGUCGUCGGCGAGUCCCAAGGGGACGCCCGCGAGCCUCGGCCUGUGUCGUUAUUUUUUUGUUGCUUUUUUACUGGCUUCGAGUGUCGUGGUGACCGUUCAACAAGGACAAAGGACUAAUGCCAGGCAAGGAAGUGGCGUGGCUGGCUUUGGUGCUUCCAAUAGUGCUCCGACUGUUAAAAUACCUCAGGGAACUCUGGUUGGCCGGGAGGUAUUCAUCAGUCGUACGCAGCGCGUCGUGCAAUUUCUGGGCAUCCCGUACGCCCAGCCGCCGAUCAGGCAGUUGCGUUUCGCGCCGCCGAUGACCGAUCCGCUGCCCAGCUGGAACGGCAUGAGGAACGCCUCGAUGUUCGGGCCCUCGUGUCCGCAGGUGACGAGCCGGCGCAAGCUGCACGAUCGGCUCUUCAUGCGCCUCUUGCCGAGCGACAUGCCCGAUCCAGGACUCAGCGAGGAUUGCCUCUUUCUCAACAUUUACGUGCCGGACGGAAAUCGACCAGCUGAAGGAUGGCCCGUGAUGGUCUGGUUCCACGGAGGUGAUUUCAACGGAGGCACGCCAGCCAUAUGGGACGCUUCCAUCUUCGUUACCAAGCAAAAGGUGUUAGUAGUGACGGUAGCCUAUCGUCUAAACAUCCUGGGAUUCUUCACGAGUACCGACGCAGAGUCGCCCGGCAAUUAUGGGAUGCUCGAUCAGGUGGCUGCUCUAGACUGGAUCGGUCGUAACAUCGAGUCCUUCGACGGCUCGCCGAACAAUAUCAUCAUCUACGGGCACAGCGCCGGGGCCAUAAGCGUCGGUCUGCACAUGAUGAGUCCCCUGAGCCGAGGCAAAUUUCACAAAGCCAUCGCCAUGAGCGGCGACGCGAUCAACUCCGUUCGGACGGCCCAGGACGAGAUGUCGGUCGUCGAUCAAGUGGCCGACAAGUUUGGCUGCUAUCGCAAAACGGCCGAUCUGAUGGAGUGCCUUCGCAACGUCGACGUAGACAUACUCGUCCGCGAGUCGGCCUUCAUUGAGACUUGGGGCCCGAUAGUCGACGCCGAGACGAGCAACUCGACCGAGGGACCCUUUCUGCCGAGACACCCGCGCACCGAGCUCAACGACGCCGAGGACCUCUACGCUGUCCCCUUCAUCGCCGGCUUCACCAACAACGAGCAGGCCUUGGCCUUCAUCGAGUCCAUCGGCAGCAGUAACGUCGACGGCCGUUUGCCACCGAGCCAGUUCGAGACGAUGAUACGCGACGAGAGCGCGGCCGCUGUGGUGGCGCCCGACGAGAACAGCACCUGCGAGCUGCGCCCCGAGCUCGUUUCCGAGGCCGUUCUCUUCUUUUACAAGCCCCAUCCAUCCAACAGGGAUCAAAAAAUCCUGAGAGAUCGCUACUUGGACUUGCAGACGGAGAAAAACUAUGCCGCAGGCCUGACUCUUCUCGCUGCUAAAGUGGCCAACCAUCCGUCGAAGGUACCUGCUUACGUUUACCGAUUUGAUUAUCGAGCUCGCACUCAGGCAGUGACGCGCGACGUUCCCGAGUGGGCUGGAGUUCCGCACAUGUUCGAACUGCCCUUCGUUUUUGGCCUGCCCUACAGCGUGUCCACCACGAUACAAUGGAAUAACGCGGACAAAAAAAUGGCUGACGUUGUGAUGGCUAUGUUCUCGACCUUCGCGCGUACCUCCAAUCCAUCCAUACCAACGGUAAAAUGGGAGGCCUACAGCGAUCGUAUGCCGGGAAUAUUGUUGAUAGAGCAGAGAAGCCUCGACAUGAGCAAUCCCAAUCAAGUGGAUUAUAAAGCUUUGGCCUUUUGGAAUGAAUAUUAUCCAACGGUCCUGGAAGCCGCCACGAACAACUGCUGCAACACGACCAGUGCAGCGGAGACCUUGCCAAGUAGUCCGGGAGCUUGCGCCGUCGCCCUGUCUCUCGCUGCUUUGAGACUCUUGACCGUGCGACAUUUUGUUUGAACAGCGGAACAAGCAUCGACCCGAACAUGGUCGCUGUACGAUUUACUGUCCAGAUCACGAUUGAAGUUGAUUAUUGUCGAUUUUUAAACUGCGCUUCGAGCAGAGACGGAAUAUGAAAAUUACACUUUGCGUGCAGUUGAAUUUUAUCGAUAAAUGUCAAAAAUCACUGUAAAUGAAACUAUGUGAGCAUUUUUAUCCGACUCAAACGUGACGCAUACAUCACUUUGAUUUUUUAUUUGAUGCACUCACUUCUUUGUCAUUUUGGACGAAGAUUCAAUAGUGUGUUGUAAGUACAUAGAAAAAAAUUAAAAAUGAAUAUUAAUUAUAAUUAUAAUUAUAAUUAUAAUUACAGAUUUAGUGUUUUUGUAAAUAAAGAGAAAAAUAUGAGUAGUAAAAUUUACGAAACUAUCAUGUCUGUAUAUUUUAGUAAAAUAAUACUUACAGUAAGCUGAUAAUUUUUCCAUGAGAUCAUAAUAAUACCGUAAAAGAUAUAAUGAUUAUAACAUUUGUUUCAUACACGAAUUUUUAUGUCCAGAUUUUAGUCUUCUUUGAGUUUAACAAAUGAAUUAAAAAUAAAAGAUAUUUUACCUCGAAAGUUUUUUGCAUGUAAACACAGGCAUUUGUAAGAAAAUGUAUAAAUCUAUUAUCUGUACACCUAUCGAAUAAAGUUGAUUACAAACUAUAAA